AUGGAACUCUUGAGUCUCGACAAACUUGGCAAGUACUUGAGGUACCUUUCUCUUUCUUGGAAGAGGGAAUCUAUUUCCUCAGGGAAUGCCAAGUUCUUGCGCAAGGAAAAGGAAGGUACUGACGAAGCAGGUGGAACACAUUCUGAAAAGUUUGCCAAGAAUAGUGAAGCCCCUUUUGUUUUCCGUGACAAGGCUAGCACUAAUGUUUCAGAACAAGUUAAAAGGAAACUGAAGAAAAUCUUUUGCAAGACAUCAUUGGUGUAUCAGGAAAUUAAGUUAGCAAUUACUAAGAAGAAAAGGAAAGAGGAAAUCUCUUGUGACGCCAGAGAGAGGCCCUAUACUGCUUGUAUGCAGACAGAUCUCACUGUUAAAAGUCCUGAUAUGAAGCAUAUGACUGCUCUGCUAUGCGUGACAGUGUUGCAUUCAUAA